GGACAACCAGCAUGAGCCAGGACCAGCCUCUUGUGAUUCCCUUUUCACUGGACGAAUACGGACCCGCGCAGCCUCUUACCGAAGAGUUCGAGUUUUCAAAACGACUACAAUUCUGGGAUGGGCCCAUUCGCGCGUUUCUAUCAGAGCGGGGUUAUACCCUGAACAGGUUCGAGAUAUUUGGAGACAAGGGAUCAACCUUCGGCUUUAUGUACCCCGCACUCGAAUUCUCUCCAUCUGCAGCUCCGAAAGAUCCUCGCUACGCGUUUGUCGAUACACCUACAAGUUUUGUUUCCUUAACCUCAAAACCAUUCAAGUAUCACAUCUAUGGAAAGGUGGCGUUCGCUCAGGAAACUUCGCAUCCGGAGAAACACAUCGCCGUCAAGCUCAUUAGGAAUGACAGUCCCGAGUAUCAAAUCAUGAAAACAUUACUGGAGGACGCUGACGGGAGAUUCAUUCGUGGCUUAGUUCCGGUUCUUGAUCUUUUUCCGUUCUGUGGCCAUUGGCUGGCAGUCACCCCUCGAUGGGGCGAUGAUGCAAGGGCGCCCUGGCCAUCGACUAUCGGCCAGGCACUUGAUCUGCUCGAAGACGCCCUUUCUGGCUUGGCGUACUUGCACGAACGGAGAAUCGUUCACAGGGACAUCUCUUUCAGUAAUAUGCUCACAAACCACAUUCCGUCCCAGCGAUUCAGCGACGUGUCCGAUGCAAUGCGCAGUCGUCUUCGGAAUCAAAGGGUGUUGACACUGGGCUUAUUCGAUUACAAUCUGUCGUUGGUCUUUCCCCGGGAUACUCCGCUAGAACUGGCACGUUCAAGUUACGAAGACUAUUUUCUGGGUGCAUGGAAGCCGCAUCUCGACGUCGGUCAUGGAGAAUAUCAGUACAAUCCUUUUGCUGUCGAUGUUCUCGGUGUCGGAUACAUCAUUGGCAGAGGAUUCCAGCACAUGACGCCAGUUGCUCCCAUCCUCGCACCUGUCAUUGAUGGUCUGGUCCAUUGGCACCCGCCAUCGAGGCUCACAGCUGCGGCAGCGCUUGAUCUCCUCCGCACGUUGAAGGCAGAAUAUGGCCCUGGAAUCGUCAAUCUCGCUGCGCCCACAUUUCAGUCGAUGGGAUAUGAUGAGCUUCCUCUACUCGAAGAAUUUGAUAGAUGGAAAGGCCUUCCCGAGGAGUUUAUCGCCCGAUGGAAACAUCUGCGCACCCCUCCCGUUCCGUUCCACAGACGUCUUCUCCACUUCCUUUGCUCAUACGAACCCGUUUCUAUCGUUGUUCGCCAACUCCGACGCUUGGUUGAUGCUUCUUGUAGCCGUACUUAUGUUUCUCUGUCUACCGAUGACAUCUGUGAACCGCAGCUAUGACGUUUCAAUUCGAGAUAUCGUUUCGCACCGGCUGACCCACGUCUCUCCUACAACAACCGGGGCAGCUGACGCCUCCCAGUCUGCCACCAUCUUGCGUUCGAGGGACCCAUGGGAUGAUAUGGACCUUUCUGUCUCUCUAGUUUUCGAUCGAGUAUCACUGCGAGUGACAAGUAGUUAGUACGUGCCACUUGGAUCAUAUGAAUGGAAAUUAGUCGUCAGA